CUCGCACACUCCUCUUAAAACCUUCUUCUGUUUUUGACAGAUAUUCGGCGAAAGAAAAGCGCCAUGAAUGUGGCUUACAGCAGCAGCUCUGAGCUCCUGUGAGAUCAGCAGAUAUCUGGAAUACAUCACUCAUCCUGCGCACAGCUACGCUUUUUACAGGUCAUAAGAAAAAUGUUUGCAUCCCUCGCUUGGCUUUCUUCAUAGCUGCGCAACUUGGCGGGCAUCCGAUGGUGCGCUUUUGCGCAAAUCUCUCCAAACUUUCCAACCAAGUGGAGGAUAUUUUGAGGCGAAGGAUAUAGCUGAUACACACGCGUGCUCUCUGGAAAUGUUCUUUUAAGGACCUUUUGGGUAAAUACACCCUUAACGUUUGUCUUUUACGCUGGAAAGAGCGUUAAGGGUUCCUGCGUUCUUCACCUGGACAUGUUGCGCAGCGGCGCAGCUGCGGGAUUGAAAUAACGCUGCCGUUGCCGGAGUUUUCCGAACCUCGCCAACAUCUCGGGCAUCGCAUCUUUGGGCAGGUGCUCCUUUCUGAGUGUGUUUGAAGACGGUGCCAUGCGGAAUCUGGAACCGCGCAUCGAAAGGCUUUAAAACCUAUUGGAAACGCGACAUUUACGCAGAGAUGGGAUCCCUGGUGAGAUCCCGUUGGCUGAUGAUCCCCUUGCUCGUGCAGGCCUGGCUCUUGGCUUCCCAAGGCAGAGUCCGAGAGAAACCGUGUCCCCGAAGCUGCCGCUGCGAUGGCAAAAUAGUGUAUUGCGAGUCAAAUGCCUUCCGUGAUGUGCCAAAGAAUGUUUCUGUGGGAUGCCAGGGCCUCUCUCUGCGGUACAACAGCUUGGUGAACCUCAGGGCUGGUCAAUUUGCCAGCCUCAGCCAGUUAGUAUGGUUGUACCUGGACCACAACUACAUCAAUGCAGUGGACAAACAAGCCUUUCAGGGUGUUCGAAGACUAAAGGAGUUGAUCCUCAGCUCCAACAAGAUCACACAUUUGGAAAACAGCACGUUCCAUUCAAUCCCCAACCUACGCAAUCUGGACCUGUCUUACAACAAACUUCAAGUCCUGCAGCCAAACCAGUUCCAGGGCUUGCGGAAACUGUUGAGUCUCCACAUCAGAUCGAAUUCCCUCAAGACGGUUCCCAUGCGAGUGUUCCAGGAUUGUCGAAACCUAGAGUUUCUUGAUUUGGGCUACAAUCGACUGCGAAGUCUUACCCGUAACGCAUUUGCAGGACUUCUCAAACUGACUGAGUUACACUUGGAGCACAACCAAUUCUCAAAGAUCAAUUUCUCUCAUUUCCCAAGGCUGAACAACCUCCGUGCUUUGUAUCUGCAGUGGAAUCGGAUAAAAUCUAUAACCCAGGGAAUUACAUGGACCUGGACCUCUUUGCAAAAGCUGGAUCUUUCUGGAAAUGACCUGCAGGUGUUGGAUUCAAGCAUCUUCCAGUGUCUCCCUAACUUGCAGACUCUUAAUCUGGACUCCAAUAAGCUUAGCAACGUGUCUCAAGAGGCCAUAUCAGCUUGGAUAUCUCUUACUACCAUCAGUCUUGCUGGUAACAUUUGGGAAUGCAGCCCCAGCUUAUGCCCCCUUGUAGCUUGGCUGAGGAGCUUCAAGGGGAACAAGGAGACUACUAUGAUUUGUGCUGGACCAAAGGAGGUUCAGGGUGAGAAAGUCAUUGAGGCUAUUGACACACAUGGAAUCUGUAAGUUGAUGCCCACUGCUUACCAGCCGAUCUCCUCCACCGUAAGCUCCCCUUCCAAAACUGGACGUUUCCCCCUGCCCACCAUGUUCAGGGUGAAUGAGAAAAUAACACGCAACAACGCUAUUGCACCUUCCCCAACGGCUGCAUCCCCACUCAUCCCUGAGCAGGACUUUGAGCAUGUUUCGUUCCACAAGAUAAUUGCUGGCAGCGUCGCCCUCUUCCUGUCCGUGGCCAUGAUCUUGCUAGUGAUCUAUGUCUCUUGGAAGCGUUAUCCCAGCAGCAUGAAGCAACUGCAGCAGCAUUCCAUGGUAAGAAAACGCCGGAAAAAGGUGCGGGAGACAGAGCGCACCAUCAGCACCCCGCUUCAGGAAUAUUAUGUGGACUACAAACCCACAAACUCUGAGACCAUGGACGUACUGGUCAAUGGGACAGGACCCUGUACCUACACCAUCUCCGGCUCCCGAGAAUGUGAGGCCCCUCCACAGAUGGGCACAUUGGCGUUCUACAGAUACGAGCAGCCCAUCGUGGACUACUGCCAGGCUCACCAGCCCCUGCACAUCAACAGGGGAUUUGAGCCCCCGUCCCAGGCCCUGGAGGGGCUGGGGGCACGAGAACGCUGCGUCGUCCCAUCCGCUGGCCUCCUUCCUUCCGUGCCUGCAGCCCCUCUGUCAGACAUCCGCACCCUACCGCAGUGAGCCGGAGAUGGACUCGUCCCCGUCGCUUGCUCUCCUCCACGAACGUCCCCGGGGGCAUAGUCUCUACCCCCAACAUGAACCCUUCGCCAGACCGAAUCACAGAUAUAAGGGACAGUGUGAUGGACUACAGACUCUCAGGAGAGGACUCUGUCUUUGUCGUGAAGUGGGUUGAACACUCUCGGGUUUAUCAUUCGCAAGAAUAGUCAUUCUAGUGUACGAUCGACGUGUUUGGAAUAAUCAAACAGGAUGUUCUGGGGGGAAAAACAGUUUAUUCUCUUAUUUCAGGCUUUUUGUGAGCUCAACCCUCUAAAUUUUGCAAAAGCAUCAUACUACCAUCUCAAAUGGGAAAUAAAUAUCAAGUUUUAUUGACUCAACACCACGCAUACCAACAAGAUCGGUGUUAUCCUGUAACCAGAAGUAAUUAAAUGUAAACCAGCGACCCUUAAAUGGAUUCGAGGAAUUUCUAAGCAUAAAAAAAUCUCUUUCAUCCCUUUCUAAUAAGUCCUUUCAGAUCUGUGAAAUUAGCGAUAAUUGCUUUAUAUGAAAUUGCCCAAAUUUGAUUUCUCAAGGUGAGCUGGUGAAUUUGAAUUGUAAAUGAUAAUAUGACCCUCACUUGACGGCUUCUCUAUUGUGAAUCUUGAUUGUUCGGUAUUAUGAUGAAAGAACCCAUCAUGCCAUGCCGGUUUUACUCUGAAAAUUACUGACAGCUGUGACAUCAUUUAUCAGUGCUGUUUUACACCGACCGUGGAAAAUGUCUGACACAAUUUUUAGUUCCCUUUCAGUUUUUGGAGAAAAAUACAUAUAAAAAAGUGGAAAUUUCACAAACUACUUGUGUAAAGUGGUCUUGAAAACUUUCAGGUCGACAUCAGACACUUAAACUUAGUUAUAUCACGAUUAUUGCAAGAUUAUGCUGAGAAACUAUGUGAGGCAGUGUUUUUUUUUUUAACUGUUGAUGUUACACUGUUUUUGUGAUUCAAUCAAGUAGGAUGUUCUUUUCACUCCAAAAUGAUGUCACUUCCUGGAGGAUGAUGACAAGAAUUACACACAAUUAACAGAACGGAAAGCAAGGACAAAAAUAAAAAAAAUUUGAGGACGUGAAAAUGUCCAGCAUAGCAGGAAAGACCCACAUUCUUUCUUGAAGCCUAUUUGCCGUAUCCUAUAUUAUGGUCACUAUACGUCCUCUUUUUUAUUUCUAAGUUGCCUCAAAUGUCCAGGUUUGGCAUUGUUUUACUUUUGUCUUCAUACUUGCUGAAGGUAAUGAGCAGUUUGACCAAUAGUGUGCAAGUAUUGUACAUAAUCGACCAAUCGUGGUGUGUGAGAGGCAGGAUCUAGAGAGCAUGGUCAAUAUAAUGUAUGAAGACUGUAGAAAGCACGUCAACAUGAAAACAAUCCCCAAACCAGCACAUUUUAGGCUAUUUAGAAAAGGAGGACAUAUGGUCACCCUACCUUUUUAUACCCAUUAAGAAAGUGGAUGUAUGUUGUGGUGUACUACGUUAGUACCAUAAACUGUACUAUCAUCAUCAUCUUGCACCUCUGUCGCGGUAUCAUCAUCUAUUGGACAUUGUGCCGUAUUUCGGGGAUUCUCGGAUGCUCCAUUAAAUGAGAUGGAAAUGGAUUCCUUUUCUGUUUUGCCACAACUCACAUUCCAGCUGGAACUGUACAAAUAAAGACAGUGGGAGUGACUUAGAGACACUAUAAAGUGAAAAACACACUUCCCAGACUGGACUACUUGUCUUGUACAUAUUAUGUAAAUUAAAACAAGGAUGUCUUUGCUUCUACAGAAACACAAUCUUGUUACCUAGAAGAGGAGCCUUAUCUUUAAUCCAGGAGGAAGCGUACAUGCAUCGGAUGUGUGUGUGUGAGUGUGGGUGUGAGUGUGUCAGUGAGAGAGAGAGAGAGAGAGAGAGAGAGAGAGAGAGAGUGUGUGUGUGUGUGUGUGUGUGUGUGUGAUAGUGUGGAUGCAUGAAAGUGUGAAUGGAAAAAGACAGAGAAGAUGGUUGUGUUAGAAUAUUAGCCUGCUGUUUAAAAAUGACUUUGGUUAAAAAAAAAUCACUUUCCUUUGCGAUUUUAAAUAAUUGCAACAUAUGUUCAAUGCAUCUGUCAGGUGGGACGGUUUGUCAAACACCUGUCCUCCAAUAAUGAUUACAGUGAUUUUCCAACCAAAUGUUUUUAUACCAGUAUUUAUGUGGGAAAAAAAGAUGAUAACCAGUAUAUACUUUUCCGUUUUCCGUUCUCCCGACCCCUUCAAUGCAAUACUUGCGUCUGUGGAUGGGAAUGACCGGUUUAUGUUUUGAUGCCAAGAUUGUGAUGAUUAUUUUAAGCAUUUGACUGUGUUUCCCUGUAUCUUAGCAAUGAGGUCCAAAUAUUUCAUUUUGUCUAUUCAACAGUUAUAAAGCGUAAAUUUGUUUUUUUAAA